UUUCAUCCUAACAAAAUGCAGCAAUCAGAUAAGAAAAUGGCAAGAAUCGGUUCAUUCCGACACAGUUUCUUAGAAAAGAGCAAAGAGAGACUCAUUGCUAAAAAGGAUCCUCAAUACCACCCUUACGAUUUCGAUCCCAACCAACAACAACCACCUAAACGUGGUUUCAAUCUCGACGCAAUUUCUGAACGUGUCACCAACAUUCGCAAUGCCUCCACUAAUUUCAUCAUUAAACUAUACGAGAUGGGUCGCAAUGAUCAACGCAAAGUUGUUUUCGCCAUGAAAGCUGGUUUAUCUUUGGCUCUUGUUUCUCUUUUCGUUUACAUUAAAGAAGAAGAAUUUAAUAAAUACUCUAUUUGGGCUAUUCUCACUGUUGUCGUUGUUUUUGAAUUCAGCAUAGGUGCUACCCUUAACAAAGGGUUCAAUCGUGCUUUGGGAACAGUUUCAGCUGGACUUAUUGCUUUGGUCAUUGCAAGAUUAUCUGUUUCUGUUGGUGGAGCUUUUGAGGAACUUAUUAUUGUCAUUGCUAUUUUUUUUGCAGGGUUUUGUGCAAAUUAUGUGAAGCUGUAUCCUGCAAUGAAGCCUUAUGAAUAUGGAUUUCGCGUAUUCUUGUUAACAUUUUGCAUUGUGUUGAUAUCCGGGAGACACGGAAUGAAGUUUAUAACCACUGCUUUUUAUAGAUUGGUUCUUAUUGGUGUUGGUGCUGGUGUGAGUUUGUCUGUCAAUAUUUGCAUUUACCCUAUUUGGUCUGGCGAGGAUCUCCACAAAUUGGUCGUAAAAAAUUUCCAUGGAGUUGCUGGAUCUUUAGAAGGUUGUGUAAAUGGAUAUCUACAAUGUGUUGAAUACGAGAGGAUCCCAUCUAAAAUACUUGUAUAUCAAGCCUCUGAUGACCCUCUUUACCGUGGUUAUAGAACAGCAGUGCAAUCUUCAAGCCAAGAGGAGACUUUGGUAGAUUUUGCAUUAUGGGAACCACCUCAUGGUCCAUACAAGAUGUUCAAUUAUCCUUGGAAAAGCUAUGUGAAACUUAGUGGAGCAUUGAGGCAUUGUGCUUUCAUGGUCAUGGCAAUGCAUGGAUGCAUACUUUCAGAAAUACAGUCACCCCCGGAAAAGAGGUUGGUAUUCUAUCAAGAACUUCAGAAGGUUGGUGCCGAAGGAGCUAAAGUAUUACGUCAACUAGGAAGCAAAGUCGAAAAGAUGGAGAAGCUAAGCAGAAGUGACAUUCUGUUAGAAAUUCAUGAGGCAGCUGAACUAUUACAGAUGAAGAUUGAUAGCCAUUCAUACCUUCUAGUCAAUUCAGAGAACUGGGAAGCUGUAAGACAACACCAGUCUAGACAAAAUGAAAAAUCUCAAAAUUUGAUCGAUGAAAAUAAUAAGCAGUUGGCGACCAAUGAAUUGGGAGACGAUUCAAAACUUAGUAUAAGCAUACAACAUUCAGUGGCUGAGUCGAGCUUCGCGCAAACCAUGAACAAGAGCUUAGUAUCAUGGCCUCACCUCUCUUUUUGCACUGAUGUUAUACUAAAUGAGGCAGAAUCUAAAGUUUAUGAAAGUGCUAGCUCAUUGUCUUUGGCUACAUUUGCUUCGCUUUUAAUCGAGUUUGUUGCAAGACUUCAAAAUCUUGUGGAUGAAUUCCAAGAUCUUAGUGAGAAGGCUAAAUUUAAAGAUCCAUUUGAUCAACCUAUAGUAAAUUAA